GUGCAAGGUCCAGGGAUUGGGUUGCUUGGAAUCUCGAAAGGGGGGGACCUGUGCGUCUCCAUGGCCUCCUUCCUCAAAGGCAUCACGGCCACAGCCCUUAUCAAUGGCUCGGUGGCAAAUGUGGGCGCAGUGCUCCGCUACAAGGAUGUCACCAUUCCACCCCUUGGUCUCAACAGAAAACGCAUCAAGGUCAACAAGUCUGGGCUUGCUGAUAUUGUUGAAGUACUGAAUAACCCGCUGGAAGAGCCUGACCGCCAAAGCUUCAUCCCUUUGGAGAAGGCCGAGUGUCGCUUCUUGUUCAUCGUUGGCCAGGAUGAUCGCAACUGGAAAAGCGAAUUCUUUGCAGUUGAGGGGAGCAAACGUUUGCAAGCUCAUGGGAAGGAAAAACCUCAGAUAAUCUGUUACCCUGGAGCAGGGCACUACAUUGAACCCCCUUUUUUCCCGAUGUGUGCAGCCUCAAUGCACCUGCUAGUUGGCAUGCCUGUGGUGUGGGGAGGGGAGCCCAAGGCACACUGCGAGGCACAGGUUGAUGCUUGGCAGCAGAUCCAAGCUUUCUUCCGCAAACACCUUGCAGGCAAGCCAUUGGGAACAUCCAGUAAGCUGUGA